UGUAUAGCGGCUGCUGUCAUGGCGGUCGAUUAGUUGACGAAAUUGUACGGCUCGUUGGGUAUACAUUUUUAAAAAUUACUAUUCAGUUAAGCACAUCAAAUAUUUUACUGUCAAUGGAUACGUGUUUUGAAAACGUGAACUAGUUUUAAAAAAUGGCUCCGAUACCACAACCGUCGCCGUUGGAAGGCCAUCAAAUGGCCGGGGCGAUGGUUCAAGCCGGCCAAGGCGGUGGUGGUGGUGGUCCUGGAGGUGGAGGGUCCAUCUCCUUAGCUCUGCUGAUUGACUUUAUCAUCCAAAGGACGUACCAUGAGUUAUCUGUGCUCGCCGAGUUGCUUCCCAGAAAAACUGAUAUGGAAAGAAAGAUUGAAAUUUACCAAUUUGCAUCUCGGACAAGACAGCUCUUCGUCAGACUGCUGGCUCUCGUCAAAUGGGCUGCUAGUGUAUCCAAAGUUGACAAAUCAACCAGCAUCAUGGCUUUUCUUGACAAACAAUCCAUGAUAUUCAUUGAAACUGCUGAUGCCCUGUCUAGAAUGGCAAGAGAAACACUUGUACAUGCUAGGCUGCCCAAUUUCCACUUGCCAGCCGCUGUUGAAGUUAUGACUCUGGGAACCUACUCUCGCCUUCCUCUGUGUAUUCGUGACAAAAUCAUACCACCAGACCCAAUAACAGCUGUGGAGAAGAAAAAUACCCUUAUGAGACUUAGCCAGGUGAUUGAGUAUCGGCUGGCGACUACGACUUUACCGAUGCAAAUGCGGAAGAACAAGAUCGAGAACGGUAGAGUCAAGUUUACAGUAGACCACGAAUUUGAGGCGUCCCUUACCCUUAUGGGGGACGGCCCCACCGUGCCUUGGAGUCUGUUAGAUAUCAACAUUCUGGUAGAAGACAAGGAAACGGGAGAUGGCAAAAGUCUUGUCCAUCCUUUUCAAGUUCGAUAUAUCCACGAACUUCUUCAGUCUCGCCUUAGAGACUGUGACAAUCCACUGUUGGAGCUGUACACUGUUUUGCACACGUUUAGCCAGUCGCUUCAAUUAGAAGUGCUGUACUCGCAAACAAAACGCCUCUGCCAAGAGCGCCUCGGAGAUUUAAUCCGCAUUGAACAUUAUACUGAAGGUCGUAGUUUGACCAUUUCCUACUGGAAGGAUUUGGCAAGCCGCGAAUUGAAGUCGGAUUUGGGUUACAGAUUGACAGCACAAGUAUGCACAUCACACUCUGGCGGUACAGAUGUGAUUGGGAAGCCACUUCAGAUCCUCCACAACCCGCCGCUAUCGACCAAGGACUCUGAGAUGGCCGAACAGUCCAUCCGCUCCGAUCAGCUCUCGCUGGAAAAGCUCCUCACUCAUACUAUUUACAUGAGAACACGUACAAGACUGUUAGAGCUUAAGGUAGAGCUGCAGCCAAAAUUAGGACACCAGCAAACGGACUGCGUUGUUCAGGGUUCACCACCCGUCCUCCAUCUUCCUAUUCUAUCGCCAUGCCUUCGCUCCGAGCAGCUACUCAUCACUGUUGACACUCGCACUGGCAGACUUCAAGCUCAUAUCCCUCAGGACGAUCCACCUGCAUCUCUGAUGUCUGAGCUACAAAACACACUCAAUUCUGACAAAAGCCGGUUCGAGGCAGCCAUUGCAGAACUUCGAUUCUGGAUUACUCAGCGUCGCUGCCAGAAAACGCUCCAGCAUUUGCCCGUCUCAGUGUAUGACAAGUUACCGCUAAUGUAUCCUGCGGACAGCCCAAUGAGUCGCUUGGGCAAGCACAAAUUUUUCCUUCGUCUUCAUAAACAUCCUAAUUCGUGGGUUGUUGUUGAAUUCAAGGAAAAGGCAAAAGACAUUGACUAUGCCUGUCAUUUGGUGAUCGUCAAACCUGUUCCUAUUGAAGAGAACGUUUCUACAGACGAAACUUCAAUAGAGCUACCAAAGAUGUAUUACAAGGUGAUGGAAGUGAAUGAGUUAGAUAUGUUCCUGUUAACGCACGGUCCGUGCACGGCUUUAGAGUCGCAAGAAGUUGUAGGAACCAAACGUAAAACAGGAUCGGCUAGUGGCCAACAAGAAGUUGCUCGUGAUUCAACACCGGGUCCUUGUAAGCGAAGCAAACAUCCCGCUUACUUGUUGCCAGACCUUUCACACGUCGUGGCUCUGUGCGACGAGAGGAUACCGUUCGCAUCGCUUGCAAGCCAAUUGACGAAACGAGAAAUCCUUCAUCAGGGAUUGACCGUUGAAGCACUGGGAGCUGGACUUUCACUUAAAUUGGUCAGUCUUCCUCCAGUCGAAGGAGUAAACCGUGAAGCUUUGAGCGACCUGAACCGCCGGUUAUUGACAGCCACAAUUCGAAUGCAAGUGAAAGGCUCACGAGCAUGGAUGCUGGAAUUCCUCUUCCACGGCUCGCCACUCGUCUCGGUUUCACCGACAGAGCAAGGAUCUCGAUUCCCCGUUUACUUGUCGUACGACGUAACGACCGCCGACGAUGCAGGUCGAACGGUGGAUGCCAUACUACAAGACUGGGCACACAUUGCCAAUUUGUACGCCUCAAUUCUGAGCUUGGCAAGCGUUAUGCAGAUGAAAGAGGAGAGGCAGCAUUUCAGCGUCAGGAGUUACAACUUUAAGAAACUCAUUUUGGGCUAUGGUCCAGCACGUAUGGCCACGGCCGCUAUCACUUGGAAAGCUCAAGAGCGCCGCUUCCAUUUGGGGCUCGGCUGCUCUGGCCAAUUGGGCUCCAAUCCUCACAGCGCUCUUCGGGAACAGCUGGAAUUCUUCCUUAAUAAGGAACGCAGUUGCGGCUACUUGGCCCGCGUGCUACACGAGACCUACGAGCCACUGGCCUCCUUGGCCAAACUACCCUCUACCCUACAAUUGGGGCUAUUGUCGACCAAACCUCCAAUUCCCGUACAAACGUUCACCGUCAUGGCUCAUUCGCCAACACAUUUGCGAUUAGCCUACUGCAACCUUUACUGCCUGGAUGUACACCUUCAAUCCGACGGGCAGGUUUCGAUUCGCGAUGGUGCUUUUAGCGUUUUCGACAAGAGCAAAGUUAUCGAAGAGUUCGGCCCUACUCAGGGUCUAAAAGCUUUCCUCUCCAAAUACGUUGACGAAACGGCAUUGUCGCGAAGACGGUCUCAAUCUGAAGACGAUCAUCCGCCUUCUCCUAUCACGAUGGAGCACACGAAUGAGCCCUCGCAUUUCCUUGGACAUUCGAGAUCUACGGGGGCAGCUGGAGCUUCUCCUGCGGGGCAGCAAAGAGGAGACCUUGCUGGACUUCGAUUUCAAACUCCAUUAACGCCGUCCGGCACGAGCAAUCCACAUACUCCAGCCAGCCCACACAUGGGCAAUAUAUCGCAGCAACAGGUUCAGCCACAAGCGCAGCAUGGAUUCGGCUCUAGUCCAGCUACAUCUUCUUUUUCACUGGCUUCUCCGCCUUCUCUACCGCCCGGCGGAGGGGUCAAUCCUUCGCCUUCAAUGUUGCCACAUCCAUCACCUGUGGGUCCGGGAAGUGCUUUUGGUAUUGCCAGCUCCCCACUUCCUAAUCCGCUGCAUGCCCCAAGUCCGGCUGGUAUGCUGCCCACUCCUUCGCCCAAUCCGGCUGGCAUGAGUGGUGGCGCUCACAAUAUUGAGAGCAGCCCAUUCCCUCCGCAAAGUUUGGCUUCGCCUGCUCCAAACACUUGGCCUGGAUCACCAGGCAUGCCUCGCCCUUCGCCGGCACGACCAGGAGGCCCUCCGUCUGCAGCUGCCAGUCACCACAGCCCUCAUGGAGGGCAUUCCGGUGCAGCUGGUGGUGGAUUUGGAGGCUCGUUCGUAUCACGCGUCCUUCCUCAGCGUUCGUGGGCUGGAGCUGUUCCAACAAUCCUAACGCAUGAAGCGUUUGACGUCCUGUGCACGCCAAGCACUCUACCUGGUGAAAUGGAUGAGACAUUCUCUGCAGGCGGUUUGAUGGCCCCGCUGGAACGUUUUCUCGGUUGUAUUUCAAUGCGAAGGAGUUUGCAACGAAUUAUUCAAGAUUCGCAAGAUUGCCCAUCUGCGUUACCUAUUACCGAACCGGGAGUUAUUGCUUUCCGGUGCGAAUCGUUACAUGGACGCGUGACAGUAAAUCCUAUGCACAUGCAAAGCUUGCAGUUGAAGCUGAGCGCAAGUGGGCCUGAAUACCGCGAACAGUGGACGAUGGAAGAGUUUCAGGUGCUCGAGCGUUUCUUCGAAGUCCGCGUCAUGGCAAUACCAUUCAAGCCGAUGGCAGUUCACGCAUUUUGUCGGUUGCUCAACGCUCCUCAUCACAUUCUUCGCGACCUGGUUCAACUAAUGAAGCUAGAGCUCAUGCCUAACGCUUUUGGCCAGCAGACGUUCAAGUGGAGCGUCCAGUUCUGUUUGACAGUUCCUCCGUCGGCUCCGUCCAUCGUGCCGAUUGGCGCCUCAUCGGUUUUGACGGCUCGCAACAAAAUGCUCUUCUUCUUGUACAUAAGACGUUUGGGGAUGUUGCCAGAAGCGGAAGGUGCGUCAUUAGUGUUGCCGUUAGUCUACGAUUCCAUCAACAACGUUACUCAGCUGGCAGAGCGCCGUGACACCGCUGCCGGUAACAUGGGAGGUCUAGGACCCGUUGCCCACACGGCCAGCAUGAUGCUCAAACGGUUCUCCGAGUGCAGUCACAUGAUGGGAGUGCAACCUGGCGAGUGUUCCAUCUACCUAGCCGUUCGCUAUCUUCUAGCAAAUCUUACACUGCCUAACGAGCCUCCACCCAUGGCUGUGGGCCCUGGGAACAACGGCGUAGAGCUCCAGCAGCAGCCGAAUCAAAUGGUGCCAAUGGGUCUGGGUAGCGGUCCUGGCAUGGCCAACAUGGGACCUGGAACCCCAAUCAAUCCGAUGCAAAUGCAAGGCGGCCCGAUGUCAAUGGGCGGAGGAGGAGUCCUACCAGCUCAGGGACAAGUCAGUAUGCCCAUCCACAGUCCCAUGACACCUUACGGCCAGGCACCGAUGAGCGCCAACCCAAUGACGCCCGUCAUGUCGAUGCCUAUCAAUAACACUAUUGGUCCAACCAUGGGUCAAGGCGGAACAGGCAACAUGCAGAUGCAGUGAUCCCACAUAAUUUCUCGUUUAUGUUUCGUUAAUUCAAUGUUGAAUAAAAGGAUAUUUCAAUCCUUAAUUUUGAAAUAAAUAAAAAAAAUCUUAGUAAAUCAAAUAUGUUUCAACUGUGGACGGAAAUCAUUCCCAUCAAAACUGUUCAUGAUUGUAAUACACAUGCCCAAAGCUACA